GAAUGAAACGAGAGAGAGAGAGAGAGCUUCGUUGCUUCUUCAUCCUUCCAUUUUCUUCCUUUCCAACUCGAUAUGUUCUUCACCAGCUCAAGCUAAGCUUUGUGGAUCUCUCUAUCAAAAAAAAAACCUUUGCUGGUAAAAUUUAUUCUCUUCUCUUCUCUCUUCUUCGCGUAUAGAAUCGCCUUCAGCUUCUUCACUCCGCGUAAAUCCAGCUUUAGCUCUAUAGCGUCUGACAGUUUUGGAUUUGGUUUUUCUAUUUUCUUUAUUUGAGGUGGGAGUUUGAAUGACUAAAUUAUUGCUGUGAAGUGGUUUUUAAUUUAGUAACGAAGAUGAGUAACACAAGCACUGACAGUGACCAUAAUGAGUCACCAGCUACUGAUGAUAAUAAUGGAAGUGACUGCAGAAGUAGAUGGGAAAGAAGUGGUUUGAAGAAAGGCCCAUGGAGUUCAGCUGAAGAUGAUAUUCUUAUUGACUAUGUCAAUAAGCAUGGUGAAGGUAACUGGAAUGCUGUCCAGAAACACACUGGUUUGUUCCGUUGUGGUAAAAGCUGCCGCUUGAGGUGGGCUAAUCAUCUCAGGCCUAACUUGAAGAAAGGAGCCUUUAGCCAAGAUGAAGAACAGCUCAUUGUUGAAUUGCAUGCUAAGAUGGGAAAUAGAUGGGCGCGUAUGGCUGCUCAUUUGCCUGGCCGAACGGAUAAUGAGAUAAAGAAUUAUUGGAACACUCGCAUCAAGAGGCGACAGCGAGCUGGUUUACCACUUUAUCCUCCUGAAAUGCACCUUGAGGUACUUGAUUGGAGUCAAGAGUAUGCCAAGAAUAGAUUUAUGGGAGAAGAUAGAAGACAUUCAGAUUUCUUGCAGCUUGGGAGUUGUGAGUCUGAUGUCUUCUUUGACAAUCUUGGUUUUGUUACUACAGACAUGGUACCUGGUGCUUCUGACCUAUCAGAUAUGACUGCUUACAAAAAUAUGGCUAAUGCUGCAAGUUCACCUCGAUAUGAUAACUUCAUGGCACCAAUGAUGCCCUGCUCGAGGCGGUUUUGGGAAUCUGAAUUGUUGUAUCCUGGGUGUAGCAGUACCAUAAAGCAAGAAUUCCCAUCGCCUGAACAAUUCGUGAACACAUCAUCUCCUCAAAAGAUUUCCAAAACUUGCAGUUUCUCAGUUCCUUGUGAUGUUUAUCAUCCUCUUCUCUAUGGAAACCAACAACAUUCACCUGUUGUGAUUCCAGAUAGCCAUACCCCUACGGGUGGCAUUGUUCCUUCUUCCAAGCCCUCCUCAUAUGGGGCAGUGAAGCUGGAGCUCCCUUCAUUCCAAUAUUCAGAAACAACAUUUGACCAGUGGAAGAAAUCGUCAUCUCCACCACACUCUGAUCUCCUUGAUCCCUUUGAUUCUUACAUUCACUCUCCACCACCACCAACGGGGAGACAAGAGUCAGAUUGUUUUUCAAAUUGUGACACUGGUCUGCUCGAUAUGUUGCUUCUGGAAGCCAAGAUCAGAAAUAGUACUACAAAGAACAAUUUGUACAAGAGCUGUGCUUCAACUAUUCCAUCAGCUGAUCUUGGCGAGGUUACUGUCUCCCAAACUAAAUCCGAGGAGUUUGACAAUUCCCUUAAGAGUUUUGUCCAUUCCGAAAUUUCAACACAACAGAAUGCAGAUGGAAUUCCACCAAGGCAGAGAGAAAAAAAGCGGAAAUCUCUCUUGGAUAUAACACGGCCUGACGUUUUGCUUGCAUCGAGCUGGCUUGACCAUGGUUUAGGGAUUGCAAAAGAGUCAGGUAGCAUGAGCGACGCACUCACGGUUCUCCUCGGCGACGACAUAGGAAAUGAGUAUAUGCAUACGAGUGUUGGGGCAUCCUCAGGAGUUGGGUCUUGUUCUUGGAGCAACAUGCCUCCUGUCUGUCAAAUGACGGAGCUACCCUAACGAGCCGGGGAAAUCCGGUUGUGGAUUGGAUUAGAGAGCCGCUCAAAAUCUGUCAAUUCUGGUGGACUAGCAACUGCCAGUGCAAGAAUAAUAUCUUUUUCUUGGAGCACUUUGAUCAAAGCCGACACUUUGUUGGCUUCUGUACCAAUAACCAUAUCACGAUUCAUCAGGAGGAUGAAGUGGUUGAUUUUGUAGAACUGGCAGAGGACUAUCAUAUACAUACAGUUUGAUUUGAUUAAAAUGUUAAAACCGAAUACUUUCGUUUAAUGUCUCUCUUUGGAUUA